AAAUCCGGUUUACAGAGCGCCAUGCGAGCGUACGUAAAUAGGAGGAGGGUCGAUAAACAGAACGGUCACGGGUAUUUAAGCACGAGCACGCGUUCGCCGCCGCCUGUGUCGCGAUAUAUGCACGUUCGACGAACCCUCGUACGAGCAAUGCCUCGUAGAUAAAUCGAGUUGAAAUCCCCGUUUACGGUCUCCAACAUAGCCAGUCCUCGCGUGGAAAGUGCGCGAACAAUUCCUCGAAAACGGAAAAAUGUUGCGCGCCUGUGAUAUACUUCCGGCGGUGAUUUGCACGCUCGCGUGUUUCAUAUGCCAUUGCACACCGUGCUCCCCUGAUAUUGGACAGCCGCUGCACUUGGGUCAGUUUUCAGGAAAAUGGUAUUUCUCUGCUGGAAUACCGAUAAACGCAAGCCUGAGUAGAUGUGGACAGUUUCUGGUCAGCCAAACAUCUUCGAACACGUUCACGGCGAAAUUCACGGCAAUCAGUUAUAAGAACAACAUUCCAAUUGCCGUCAACAUCGAUGGAAGCGUAAAUGGGAAAGAUAUUGCCGCAACUUGGCAAUUCCAAGGAUCGAAGAGAAAAUUAGGGCCUUUUCGUCACGUUAUAAUCUCUGUCAAGUACGACACGGUUCUCGGGAUGUUGGUCUGCUCCAAGGGUACGACACACCACCAGGGAUACAAGUUCGUCAUGAUUUGGUCCCGAGAGAGGAGCCUGCCUUUGCCGAUCUUCAAGGAGCUGAAGACGAAACUAGGAGCAUACAUUAAUCAAGGGAGAAUUCGGAUGGUGGAUCACGGGAAUUGUUAAACAAACCGUGAACUUCUAUGCAACACCGAGCCUCGACACACUUGGCUGAUAAUUUCGUUUUCGUAUUUAAUUAAUAAACGUUGUUGAGGAUUGAA